ACAAUAUACGGACUCCUCGAUCUAGAGAAGGCGGUCUGUAUCUUCGGGGGCCAUAGGCGAUGCACCAGAAUGCCUCCUAAGCUCCUCUCGCCCGUCUUCCCAUGCCUAAUCUUCCUCACUCUCCUCCUUCUUUCCCUCUAUUUCUCUCCUCUCUCACCCCCACCCGCUGUCCCACCUCCAAACCGACCUCUUUGCAACCUCUUCAAAGGCCACUGGGUCCUCGAUCCCACCAGCAAACCCCUCUACGACCACACGUGCCCAUUCCACCGAAACGCCUGGAACUGUCUCAAAAACCAAAGAGAAAACAUGGGUCUCAUCAAUUCCUGGAAAUGGGUACCCGAAUCAUGUGCUCUGCCUCGGAUUGAUCCAGCUCGCUUUCUGGGUCUGAUGAGGAACAAGAAUAUUGGGUUUAUUGGGGACUCACUGAACGAAAACUUCCUGGUGUCCUUCUUGUGUGUGCUUAGAGUGGCUGACAUGGGUGCCAGAAAGUGGAAGAAGAAAGGGGCUUGGAAAGGUGCUUUUUUUCCCAAGUUCAAUGUCACGGUGGGGUAUCAUCGGGCCGUUUUGCUAGCAAAAUACCAGUGGCAGCCAAAACAGUCAACAGUUGAUGAUCAGGAUGGACUGAAAGGAAUAUAUCGAGUUGACGUUGAUAUUCCUGCAGAUGAUUGGGUCAACAUCAGUGACUUCUAUCAUGUCCUUGUUUACAAUACUGGCCAUUGGUGGGGUUAUGAUAAAUUCCCGAAAGAGAGACCACUUGUCUUUUAUCGUGGGGGACAGCCAAUAUUUCCUCCCAUUGAGAUGUUGGAUGGAUUUAAAGUUGUUCUGGAGAAUAUGGUCUCUUACAUACAAAAGCAAGUUCCCAGCAGGACACUCAAAUUCUGGCGUUUGCAAUCACCAAGGCAUUUUUUUGGUGGUGAGUGGAAUCAAAAUGGUAGCUGCGUGUUCAGUGAGCCACUCCAGGAAUUCCAGCUUGACUUGUGGUUUGAUCCCAGGAACAAGGGUGUGAACAAAGAAGCGAGACAGCUGAACCAUCUGAUUGAAGAUGCUUUGCAAGGCACGGGGAUUCGACUGCUUGAUCUGACUCAUUUGAGUGAGUUCAGAGCAGAUGCCCAUCCUGCAAUUUGGUUGGGAAAGAAGGAUGCAGUGGCAAUAUGGGGUCAGGACUGCAUGCACUGGUGCUUACCUGGUGUUCCUGACACAUGGGUUGAUGUCUUGUCAGAACUGAUCCGUGGCAGUUUGGAGACAGGGUAAUAAAAGUCAGAGUUGUAUCCCCUUUAAACUUCAAACUGCAAAACGUUUCACAACUCCACGAGAAGACAUUGUGUUCUUCUUCCUUGCAUGCAGUCACUAAGAUCCAACAAGGUGGAUCGGGGUACAAACGAGCACCCAAAGGCUAUCUUACGCGAGAUUUGGAUGUCAUUGAGACUUCUUGCCGGAAAAAUGCCUGUUGCUCCCUUUGUUGUGCCAGUCCAGAUGUCCAAUUGUACGAACAUGAGUACAUACUUAAAAGUUUAUAUGGAUUUGUUUCUCUUUUUCCUUUUUUUUUUUUAAUUUUCUUUUGGCAAGGUCUUUCUUAUCGUGGAAAAAGUAGAGGCUCAAGAUGUUAAACAUUCGGAUGGAUGAUUUCUUUAUCUAUUGAUUUUUUUGCCA